AUGGAAGAAUUAGGUAUGCGUCCUGAAACAUCUAAAUGCUCAAGAAUGGAAAAACGUAGAUUAGUAUCACAAAGUCAUCAAAGACAAGAAUCAAGUUAAGCACCAAGAAUCAAUGGAAUUACUUUAUAACAAUACUUUAGAGGAAGCAACUUUAGAGUAUUAGAAAUCAAUGAAGAUGAAUGGGAUAAUCAUUAAAAUGGAUAAUCACUUGCUCCUCCACUUUAAAAUAACAAUUUUCGUAUUAAAACAGAUAAGAAAAUAAACAAUAAAAAACUACUAGAACGAUCGCCUGUUUAAAAUCUAACUACAAGUAAAGACUUUAAUCAACGCAAAAUUAAUAGAGUAAGUAGAAUUAUUCAUUAUUUUGCUAGCCUCAUAUAACAUCAAAUGAAUUCUUUCAAAAUGAAGAUGAACUCAGAAAAACAAAAAUAGAACUCAAAUAUGGUCGCAUGAAAGAGGAUGUCAUCAAUCGUUUUGGAAAUCCUGAUUAGGAUCUUAUUAAUAAAUAUGCAGAAAAAUUUAAUAUAAAUAGAGAACCUCCAAAAUUGACAUUAGCUCCUAGAGAACUAUAUACAAAAAUUAAGUGAA